UGUAGAUGAUCAGUCUCUCCCCUGAUAUUUACUUCUUUUGUUUAAUUCUUCGAUUACCACAAUGAAUAUCAGAUUAUUCUUGCUAUUUGUGGUAAUUAUGCGCGCCAUGCACCAAGGGCCUGCAUUAUAUCGAGACCUUACGUGCGUGGAGCCCGAGCCAGGAUAUGCCAAAAGAUUAUUUUAUUAUUUCACAGCAAGUGAAAUUGAGAAAGUCUGUCCAACGGUUACCGAUCUGACAUGGCGAAUUGGAAAUGAGGGAUUCUAUAACCUGCUGUGUGUGCUUCUUACCCUGCUGUUGGGCUUUGCGCCGUCGAUCGGACAAAUCGUCAAAGAGAAAUGUUCAGCCGCCGUGUCAAUGUUCCAAGAAUGGAGAGCUCGUCCUUCCCUCUGCCGUCACUGCGGUACUGCCCCGUGUCAGGUUAAAAGGAGAUCAUUGUGGAAGCCCUCCGGUACUCGUAAGAAAGACAAGGCAAAUUUCGCAAAAAGGUCAAACGCCAUGAUGUUGUUUUACUGUGGACUAGAGUUGGCCGUGGUACUGACCAAAGAGCUGCCAUGGAAUGACCUGUACCGGAAGAGGAAACUCGUCCAGCAUUUUGAGGAGGAGCCUAUGGUGUUGUUCCCACUGUGCACCCAGCGUCAUAUCAACUCCUGGUACCCUGUCCCUCGCUAG